GGGUGGUGACACGGUGGGGUGGAGGGCCGCCCCCGUCUCCGGGCUGAAGCCUCUCUCUUCUCUCCUGCAGGCUUGGCCCAGAAGAAGAUGGCCCCGUCGGAGGCCCCGUCGAUGACUGGACAGCUGGGCCCCGGCCACGGGAAGAAGUUGGGUCAUCGGGGCGUGGACGCAUCUGGCGAAACCACCUACAAGAAGACCACGUCCUCCACCCUGAAGGGGGCCAUCCAGCUGGGCAUCGGCUACACCGUGGGCAACCUGAGCUCCAAGCCAGAGCGUGACGUGCUCAUGCAGGACUUCUACGUCGUGGAGAGCAUCUUCUUCCCCAGUGAAGGCAGCAACCUCACCCCUGCCCACCACUUCCAGGACUUCAGGUUCAAGACCUACGCACCUGUCGCCUUCCGCUACUUCCGGGAACUCUUCGGGAUCCGACCGGAUGAUUACUUGGAGGCUGACAGUGACCUGUUCCAGAGCUGUCCGCUAGACGCUGGGCGUGUGGGGUGUCAGCGACCCACCUGCCCACUCACUGCCCCCCCAGUACUCGCUGUGCAACGAGCCACUGAUCGAGCUGUCCAACCCCGGCGCCAGCGGCUCCCUGUUCUACGUCACCAGUGACGACGAGUUCAUCAUCAAGACGGUGAUGCACAAGGAGGCCGAGUUCCUGCAGAAGCUGUUACCCGGCUACUACAUGGUGAGGAGCCCCGCCCUGCAGCCCCGCUCCAC